AUGUCUAAUGAUGAGAAACUCUCACAUUUGAAAUUCAAAGGCGAAAUGUGGACUGUGUGCAAUGGUUUAUGCGAGUGCGAGCUUGUAGUCCUAGAUAGAUCAUGGCUCAUGGAAGGACGACCUCAGUCUUGUGAUGGACGGGCAUUGACAUUCUGGACACUGUCUUCACCAGAAUCUAGCAUACCUAUGCGGUACUAUUGCCCACCCACUUUCAUCUUCACUGCCAAUAGCACCUAUCAGCGACACCAUGACGCCCUUUUACGCUUCUUGUCCUCCUCCUCCAAUGCAUCCGUGAGUGGCUUCGCCACUGCCAUGGAGGGCCGCAGCCCGGAUCUGGUCCAUGGCCUCGUCCUCCACCGCAGCGACGUUCCUGGGGACAAUCGCAUGGCCUGUAUCUCGCAUGCAGCUUUCUGGAUAGUCCAAUUCUGUCCCAAAGGGAAAUCGGCAAUGGUAUGGUACGAUUACUGCCACAUGCGCUACUCUAAUGUCAACUUCUUUGGAAUGGUAAAUAGCGAUGUCUACUUCACCAUGGCAAAUUCCGACGACACGUUAGAUGUCAAUGUUUUCACUUCACUGCUUGGGGGCCUCUUGGACAGCCUCUCCUCGAACGCGACGUCUGAUCCCUCUGGCCUGCUGUUUGCUACCGAAGAGAUGAGGUUCAACGACCGCCAGAAGAUAUAUGGGUUGGUUCAGUGCACAAGGCAUAUCUCUGCCUCUGCCUGCAUGAAUUUUCUGUCCACAGCCAUGUCUCGGAUCCCGAGUUGCUGCGACCGCAAGGUGGGCGGUCGGGUUGUCAUGGCGAGCUGCAAGGUGAGGUACGAGAUGUACCAUUUCUUCUACGGCCUGGUGGGGCCUCAUCCUUCUCCAGAUGCUGUAGGGGCUUCACCACCAGCCAGUCCCCCUGCAAGCAUCGUCCUUCCCCCUUCCAAUGCAGUACACAGUUGGUAUCCUUAA